UGAAGGCGCGCGCACGGGAGGUGGCGGGGGGUUGUGCUCGCUCCUGCUCUCUCUGCUCUCUGACCCCAGUGGCAGCUCCGACUCACUGCACUCCGGCUCCCCCUCCGUCAGACCGAGGCUGCUCUCUCUCUCCCUCCCUGUUGUCUGUCAGUGUCUCUCGCCCUCCUCUCCGGCUCUCUCCCCUCGCUCUCUUGUCUGGUUUCUUGUCCACAGGAGCCAGCCGAGGUCCCGCCGGGUCGAAGGUUCUGCCCUACCCGCCCAGACUGCCGCAACCCCUGGACGGCCGCGUACGAACCUGCCCGCUCCGCUGCUGCUGCCGCAUGGACCCACGUCCCUUCGCCGCCGCCGCUGCUGCUGCUGCCGCCGCCGCCGCCGCCGCGUAGAGGGCGACCCCGACCCGACACUCUUUCUCCGGCCAGAUAAAAAAACGCACAAAACAACCCCACACGACGAAGACUGCAGCGUGUCGUGUUCGAGUCGGUCGGCCGGGUCGCUGCUGCUGCUGCUGCUGCUGCUGCUGCUGGGAGACUUCCUGGGCUUCUUGGGCGGCUCUGAAGGAUGACUGCUGCACGGCUCGCUGCUGAAUCCUGGUGAACGAACGGCGUCUCAUGUCCAAACGGUGGAAGGAUGGCUCAUGGCAAAGUGACCAUCACGGUGGACGAGUACAGCUCCAACCCCACACAGGCCUUCACACACUACAACAUCAACCAGAGCCGCUUCCAACCUCCACAUGUCCACAUGGUGGACCCCAUUCCGUAUGACACUCCCAAGCCGGCGGGACACACCAGGUUCGUGUGUGUUUCCGACACACACUCGCGUACGGACGGCAUCCAGAUGCCCUACGGCGAUGUGCUGCUGCACAUGGGCGACUUCACCGAGCUGGGCCUGCCCUCCGAGGUUAAGAAGUUCAACGACUGGCUAGGUGGCCUUCCAUAUGAAUUUAAAGUGGUGAUCGCCGGGAACCACGAGCUGACCUUUGAUAAGGACUUUAUGGCUGAGCUGGUCAAGCAGGAUUACUACCGAUUCCCCUCAGUCUCCAAGCUCAAACCAGAGGACUUUGACAAUGUCCAGUCGCUCCUCACAAACUGUGUGUACCUGCAGGACUCGGACGUCACCAUUAAGGGAUUCCGGAUAUACGGGACGCCAUGGACUCCGUGGUUUAACGGCUGGGGGUUCAACCUGCCUCGGGGUCAGUCUCUGCUGGAUAAAUGGAACCUCGUCCCUGAAGGCAUCGACAUCCUGAUGACCCACGGACCUCCGCUCGGUUUCCGAGACUGGGUUCCUAAAGAGCUGCAGCGGGUCGGCUGCGUGGAGCUGCUCAACACGGUCCAGAAGAGGGUGCGACCCAAACUUCACGCCUUCGGAGGCAUACAUGAAGGCUACGGGAUCAUGACAGACGGCUACACGACGUUCAUCAACGCGUCGACCUGCACUGUCAGCUUCCAGCCCACCAACCCCCCCAUCGUGUUCGACCUGCCCAACCCCUCCAGCUCCUGAGACCAGAGGACGAGGGGGGGUGGGGGGGGGGGGGGCGCGGGCAGGAUAAACUACUUUUUUUCUAUAAAUAUGUCAAGUAAAAAAAAAAAAUUCUAAGUGUUUCUUUGCAAACUUUUGGUCUUCUCUAAGCUGUUGUUGAGAUUGAGAAGAUUUUGAGAGGGGCGGUGUGGGGAGUUUGUCUGGGAGGGUUAAAGGAGAAUAUCGGUGUUUUGUUUUGUUUUGUUUUUUUGUUUGUUUGUUGUUUUUAAGUUGUGCCAACAAUGCUGGUUUCCCUCUCAGACUUCUGUCUGCAUGCAGUCAGUGCAGCUGCAGAUGUCAGGGCUUGUUUUCCUCCAGAAGAACAAGAAUGUUUUUUUGAAAAACUCCCACAAAGUGAGAAAAACCCUGAAGAAACUUUGUGUUUUAGUCCUGAUUUCACCGAGCAGAGUUGAGCUUUUCUUUUCUUUUCUUUUCUUUUCCUUUUUUUUUCGUCAGCACUCCCUCAUGUCACACUCCACUUCCUGUCAAUCACCUGACAGCCACAGGAAGAAAUGGAAACCUCAACCUCAUCCAGGAAAUAAUCCCGUAAAAAAGUUAAAUUAUUUUCAUCAUAAUAAUUUAAUAUUCUUCAGAUUACAAAACGGUAAUUUUUUUGACUAAAGGAAAAUACUAUUGUGUGGUAACAAAUGACUAUUUAAUGAUCAGAGGAAAACAUGGGGAAUAUUUUCACACUUGUCCUCUCUGGCCUUCCCUACUUUAUCACAUCUGCCUGUCUUUGUUAGGAGUUUUUGUUUUGUUUUGUUUGUUUGUUUGUUUGUUUGUUGGGGGUUUUUUUUUGUUAGCGGUUAAUUUAGAAAGUUUGUAUUUAAAAAAAACAAAAAAAAAAACAACAAAAAAUAAGUGUUAAAAUCUCAGUAGCUACAGCAUGCAAUGCAAAAUGAAUUUUGAGGGAAUGUUAAAAUGACACCGGUAUUCUCCUUUUCAGAGAGAUUUUGUGGUUAAACAAUCUUGCUCUUGAUAAAUAUUGGUCAGAUCUGUAAGAUAAAUGAUGCUUUGUGAAUUUGUACAAUUUCUUUAUGUUUGGUUUGCAUUGGCCGGACAAUGGAUGCCAUUGUUUUAUGUUGUAUCAUCUGAUAUUUUGCAAUUAGGUUUUCUUUUUUCUUUGUUUGUUUUCUCGUCAGUUCCUCUUUUCUUAUUGGCUGACAGGGACGCUGCCUUAAACUAGCUUUAAUGUUCUCAGCUAGAGCCCCACUCUCUGCGAGCUCAGAGAAAAGUCUUUAUUUAUUACCCAUCAUCCCCGCAAAACAACACCUGACUAACGCAGGGACAGAAAGCUAUCAAAUUACAGCCCAAAAAAUUAACUUUGUAACAUCCCAUUAUGGAUUUCUGAUCUAAUUUGGAAAAUGUAUGUAUAAAAUAUAUAUAUAUUAUAUAUUCAUGUUGUAAAACAUCUGUACUAAAAGUUGUGUUUGACGAAAAAAGAAAAUCUGGUGCGUUUUUUUUUUUUUUCUGUAUGCACCUGUAUGAUUGACAUGUUUCUUUAACGCUCCCAUCAGAUGCUCUUCAGAGUUUUCUUAAAUGUUUUUUGUAUCGACUCUCCCAGUAGGGUAGACAUUCAUUUUGGAUGAGAGAGGAAAAUUUGUCAGAGUCACAAUCCAACAGGUGCCGGUUGUUCCCAACAACACACCUGCCUAAACAUUGUUAAGUUGUCCUUUAAAGUGUAAAUCUGAUAGUAUUUGUGUUUUAUUGCUUUUUUUUUUUUUUUUUUUUUUUUUUCUAAUUUUGCACUGUGUGUAAAUGCAAUCUUGCUAGCACAAAAAAAAAAAUGUUGCCAAUAGUUGUCUCAACUUUGCCGCUGUAAAUGCUCUUUUCGUGCUCUGUUCCUCUCUCGCUCUUGCUCUGAUUGUAUCCCUCUUCAUGGAAAUGUUAGUUCUCUCUUUCAGUUCAUUGUGAUAUAUUUAGCUGCCUUUAUAUGCAAAUAAAAUUGCAAGAUUUUUACUUAUCAA